AUUUCAGUGGAAAAUGAACAUGUAUCCUGCUUGUUGGUGACCUUGACAGAUACGUGCUCGCGGUUUGGCAGUAUUUAAACGUUGUUGUUUCAACUGCAAUCAUUUCCUUGUUGCGGCACGGGAAGUUACACUGAAAGUGAAUUUCGACGAAGGUCUUGCCAUACAUAGCGACACUCUGCAGAAGUGUGACGCAACAUCUGGGUGAUACCGAGCGAGCCAGUAUAGACCAAAAUGAUGAAAUGUCCUCUUCUGGUUAGUACCAUUUUGUGCAUCGGGUACCUUACUGAUGUGAAUGAAGCUUGGUUGUUUACAAGACCAUCAUCUAUUUGCCAGAAUAACCAGAAUGCUGAUCCCUUGAUACAGGGAGACAACCACAAUGCUGUGCGAAACUUCCUGCGCGUCAUCAGUGACAAAGGAGGUUUUGAUCUUAUCGGUGAUACACUGUUACAGACAGGGGGUUGUAGAAGAACUAUAAGCGAAGACAAGCACAGAAAAGGGCGUUUUUAUAAUGACAGAAUGUGGACCCUAGAUUGCUGGGAACCUGCCGAGUGCACCAUAGCGGAGGACGGCAUGUUUUUUAAACUUAUCCCCGUCUCCACGCGGACAUCUUUGUCCGUCAAAGCCCGAACGGUACUUUUACCGCUAGACGAACACGAAACCAGCUCGUACACAUUUUUGCCAAUGGUUACUAGGGACAAUAUUUUGUUUGUGACCGCCAUGUUGACGGGUUGCAGCUUCUUUGUUGCCAAACCAAAUAACAUGAAUUGUAACCUGGUUGUAAUUCAUACAAACUACCGCUGCCAGGAUACAUCGGCUACAGGCACAGACUAUAACCAUCUUCAGGCCAUGGCUGUGCUCGAAGAAGUUCAAAGCACUAACCCUAGCUGCAGAUAUCACAUAGACCGAAGAUGGGCAGUAGACUACUGGCGGUCUGCCAUAGAAGCUGCCGGGCACGACUACAGACGGAAGAUAUACUACUACAGUAUUGACAAUGGUGCCGACUUCCUGUAUGGAAGCUAUCUUAGUGGCAGAUGGCAAUUCUGUAUUAAGAUUGCAAGACCGAAUGCACCGUCUGAAACAUGCUUCUUUAUUUGAAAGAGUACAUUACCUUAUUGUAAAUAUUAAGGCAGGCAAUCCCUUCUUCUAUUUGUUUGUAACCAAAAUCUGACUUAAAGCCAUAUGGGAAAAUUAGACCAAUCGAUAUAUUGCAAUAAUGUAAAGCAUUUCUAGAUAGUGCAAAGAAAGAGUGCUUUAAACCUGUUAUAUAGUUUAGCUUUAAACAGUAUGAAAAACAAUAUAUUGUCUUUUUUAUGCAAAUUGAAAAAAAAAAAAUAGAAGAAAACGCUGUUUUUUUUUCUUUUGCUUUUGUGUAAGCCUCAUGUGCAUCUACAAUAAAGAUACAAAUCAUU